CCGACAUUACGGAUUGGAUGGUGUGCAAGUCUGACCGGGAUUGGAAAGAACAUCACGCCGCUGACCUGCGCAUCACGUACUCGAUCUGUUACAGCCAUUCUGUCGAAUCUACUUUGCACCAGCUCUCCGAUCACGGAUUGAAAGUAAAUCACGUCAGAAAGACAUGUCAUUUUUCACAGGGGGAUCAAUCAAGCCUGCCCAACGAGAAAAGAUCAAACAGUUUGUGGGAUUCACCAAUGCAAAUGACAAGACCGCACAGAAGUUUCUGAAAGAAAACAACUGGAACUUGGAGGCAGCUGUAGACGCAUUUUUCGCAACGGGUGGCGCAACUGCAAAUGGGCGAACAUGGGCGGGCGCUGAUCAACGUAAACUGUCCGCGCUGUUCGACAAAUACAAAGAUCCCGACGAAGAUGCUAUCCUGGUGGAUGGCACUGAAUCGCUAUGUAAUGACCUAGAAGUUGACCCAACCGAUGUCGUAACCCUCGUACUAGCCUGGCACCUACAAAGUCCUCGAAUGUGUGACUUUCGAAGAAAGGGAUGGAUGGAAGGGUGGACAAAUUUGGGGUGUGAUACAAUCGAAAAAAUGCGAGAAGUCAUUCCAUCUUUACGGGAAGAGCUGAAAGACCCGUCAAAAUUCAGGGACGUUUAUAAUUAUACCUUCAGCUUUGCGCGAGCAGAAAACCAGAAGAGUUUAGGGCUAGAUACUGCAAUUGCUUUUUGGGAAUUAUUAUUGAAGGACAAGUUUAAGCACUUAGAUUUAUGGGUCGAGUUUCUUCGGGAAAAACAUGGGAAAGCAAUCAGCAAAGACACGUGGAAUCUGUUACUUGAAUUCAUCCGAACAUCUGACGAAAACUUCAGCAAUCACGACACAGAUAGUGCAUGGCCUGUAUUGAUUGACUCAUUUGUAGAAUAUGCCAGAGAAAAAUUGGGUUUUGAAGAUGAAUGAUAUAUUAUUUUUCUUCCUGUGAUUUUAUUAACAAGAUAGCUUUGCCACAUGCUAGUUUUUACCAUC